GAAUCGCGUGGUGGGGCUGUGAACGUUACAGCAGCCAGCAAACACUGCAGUGCAGUAGCCAACCAGCAACCAGCGGCCAGCGCGACUACUCGCUGAGAGAUAUGGGUGAAAUGACGCUACAAGUUAACCGCUGUCAGAGUGACCCCCUCCACAUGGGCCGGUAAUCAUGUCCACAGAUGACAGUAUCUCUGAGGAUGUGUCCAGCUCGGCUUUGAGCCACUGCCACGCCAGCGCUGACGGGGAUGGAGAGAAGGAGAGUGAAACCUCUCUGGUGUCCUCUGAGGGGACAUCAGCCUCGGGACUGGCUGUCUCAGAGGAGAGACACACAACCUCCCACACCACGCCAGGCACCGUGGAAAGCAGGCCCUUGGACAUCACACCAGCAUGCAACAAGAUCAGGAGUCUGUGUCUGAGCACAGAUGAAGCGUUUGAACAAGGGAAGAGCCUUCCAUUCAUCAACCCGAGCUCCCUGGAGACCCUUAGGGCUUUGGUGCAGGAGAUCCAGAGCAGUGGAGAGACAGACCCUGAGGUUUGGAAGGACUGUGAGGGUCGAUGGUUGCAUCUGUUCCAGCUGGUUGAAAAGCAAUACCAAGAGCAAAUACUCGCUCAGCAAGAACAAUAUCAGUGCCAAAUACAGUUGAUUCAGGAUGAAAUUAAGGCCCUUGUCCAGCUCCAGAACCGCCAAACCAGUGUCCACCAACAAACAGAGUUCUCACCGACUCUAGUGACCAAAAGCACCACAAACAUGAAGGACUACGUUUUUCCAGUCAUUCCCAGCGACUGCACAGUUCUCAUAAAUGAGCCCAAUGACAACAACAGCUUGGCAGCUCCUUUUCAUAGUGCUUUCAGCACCCCCUCACCUCCACAUACCACAUCAGAGACCCACAACCAGGGCGAGGAGCAGACAAUCACAAUGCUCAGCAGUGGAUAUGGAACCUUGUGUACUUGGAAAACCGGUCUAGAACCUGAUGAGUCUCCUGAAGAUUUAGUACCGGAUCAAGGGGUGCAGAGGCAUCAGUGGGACAGAAAUCUCCAGAAAGAGAUGGAGACAACAGUGAUUGGUCACCAGCUGGAUUAUCACAAUGAAACAAUAGUUGGAGUGAAGGAAACUAAGCCCGUGGUGUACCAGCAGACAGCUGCUGGAAGCAAUCAGCAGCUGACGUCUUGGGCCCAGAGGCAGAAACUCAGACCCAAGAAGACCAAAGCAGAACAAGCUUCACCACAAAUCUCUAACUACCCGGAGCAGUCUCGCGGUCCCAGGGAACCCAGCGAACAAACUCCACUGGGGACUACAGACUUCCACAGCCAGCACCGACCUGAUGGGCCGCUGGGGAGGAGUGAUAGUCUGACGUCCGAAGCAUCAGGCCUCACCUACUGGCGGCUGAAUGAGUGUGAACUUUACUGGCCUCUACCAGACAGCUUUGACAGCAGCGCUUACCUUCUUCUGCAAGAGGCAUCCACGCAUCUUGAGCCACGGCUGUCUCUCAAAGAGCUCUAUCACAAGCAAAAAGAUUGUAAACGAAUCGACUCAGAAGGAUCAGUUAUUUCUAGUCCUUUGUCGCCACAGCAGAUGUUGACGCUGGAUGCAACAACUCACACGCAGCACUCAGAUCGAACAUCUGGCUUCACUUCACCGUCUCACUUCAGCAGCCCUUCAUUUCCUGCCCAGCACUACUCCAGAGCCAUAAAAUCCAUAACCCCUGACAGCAUGGUGGAGAGUAGUCCCAAUCCUGGAGACACAGACUGCAUCUCCGACACCUCCAGUGCUUCUGCUGCUGGACCUUCACCCACUAAAAUGCAAAGCACAUGGGGAAACAUUUCUCAAGCAGAGCUGUCUACCUCCAGGGUUAGGAACCAGUCCUCCCACAUGGGUAACCAGCAGCACAGAGCUAGCGCCCCCUUAGGCAGUGAAGAGGAAUGCACCCACACCAGCACUUUGAAGCCCUGUUCUGCCCUUGGCGCUGUUCUGCGGCCUACAGCCAGUCCACACACUGGGAGAGCUUCACCACUUGAAGAUCCAGUUGUCCUUUCUCUACUGCGGCAGAACCUCAGAGAGAAGCACACUCGACACGUAGCGGAUCUGAAAGCUUACUACGAGGCUGAGAUCCAAAACCUACGAGACAAACUCAAACUCAAGGAUCUGCCUCAGGAUUUAGAGAAGAGCAAUCUCAAGCUGACACAAAGGUGCAAACAUCUGCAGAAAGCAUUAGCUGAUGCCACAAGCCGUAUCCAAGAACUGGAGGCAACAAACAGCUCACUGGAGAAAAAACUGGCGGAAUGGCCAGAGCGCUACGCCGUAGCAGGGGCCACAGUCAAAUCGCUACAGCAUAGACUAGAAGAAAGCAACCGCUCAGGCAAGGAGAGAGACGCCCUGAACGUUCGUCUGAAGACCAGAGUCCGGCAGCUGGAGGAGACGGCGCAGAAAGCCUGCAGGGAGGCCGAUGAGAAGGAGGCAAAGAGAGAGAGAGAGUACAAGAUGCUGCAGGAUCUACUCCGAGAAUACGAUUCUCUGAUGAAGGAGCAUGAAGUGGUGAAGAACAACCUGGUGUCAGCAGAAGGCAAGCUGGUCGACGCCAACAGUCAUAUUUCUGAGUUAAAGAGAGUUAUCUCCAAGCUGGAGUCCCAGGUGAAGCAGCUGGAGCACGAGAACCAGGACAGGCUCCGCUCCGCUUCCCACAGUAACACACAACCCUCUGGGGCUGGACUUUUCCAUCAUCCGGACCUUCUUCUUUCAGCAAGUAAAAUCCAAACAGAGCCAGAUGUCACCUGCAGGAAGUCUCCCCGUUCUCGGUCUGACCAGCUGAGUGGCAGCAGAAGAUCAACGUUCUCUAAAACUAACCAGUCGAGUGUCCACAAGAGGUCUGCAAGUUCAGUAACCGAUCAGUCAUCUGGAACGGAAAGCUCUGUGGACUUCUCCUCAGCUUCAGGGAGCUGGAGGUGUGCAUCUCCUCUAGAGUGUGAACAAACCCUGCUUCAGGCCAGGCACCAGGAGCGGAGCGCUCCUCACAGGGAGGCUGGUCGAAGAGAGGGAUCCAGCCCGCUGACCCCCAUGAUGAGGGCCCUGAUAGAGCUGGAAGAGACCAAAGCCACAGAGAGCCGGGCCCCCUGGCUCAGCCAUCAGCGGACUACCGUGGGGUUUGUGGAGCGAAAACACAAAGAGUCAAUUCAGCAGAGAACAGAGCCUAAUCAGGCAGAGAGGGAGGCCCAUACACCUGGUGGAAUCAUGGCCGGAGCCGAGCAAGGAGCAGCACAGAGUCGCGUCAGAGUCGAGAGAGCUGCAGUUCUGCUGAGAGGUCAGAGGAGUUUGUCUCCAGAGGGCCGCAGAUCCUCCUCCUUGCCUCCAGCGCAGUGGAACGGACCUACAGCGACACCCAGUGAGUGACCUCACAGUUCGGGCAGAUGGUCUUUUUCCCUUGAGGGGCUAGUAUCAGUCCUGUCUUAAUACAAAGAAACAUUCUGUAUUAUCCCCUUAGCUCUGGAAAUGUUGGUUGAUUUCACCCGGGAGGGAAAAGAAAUAUUCCCAUUAUUCUUUGCAGCUGAAGCAUUUAAAGCAAUCCUCAAAUAUUUAAAUAGAAACUAUUUUUUGUUUAAUAUUUCAGAAAAAUGGUCAGUAACUCUGAUUUUAACAUGCAGGAUGAACAUGAAAAUAGUCUCCUACACCUAUCUCCUGCAUAGAAGAUAGAAGGUGAAACUCUAGGAUUAGAAAAACCUGACAUCUACGUCACACUGUAGCUUAGCAUUCAUGAACUCAAGACGAGAAAGGCUGUUGUUGGUUUAGCGUCCAGGAAACAGCUCUGAAGUGGUCUGGGACAUGCUUGUAAGGCUAGAUGAAAAUGAUCCUGAGCCAGGCUGAAGGAACCCCCCGACCUGAUGGGACUCAGCAAGCAGCAGAAACAAUAGCGUGGUGGUUCUCCGAGUAAAAAGAGCUAAUGGCUUUGCUGUACAAAUCAGGCUAAUUUGACAAUCAGCCAUCAGUGGAACGGAGUGAGCGAUCUUUCUCCGACUGAAAUUAAGAUUUUUGACAACACGAUAACUGACCCAGGGUCUGUUGUGUCUACUGUUUUACACGUCCAGGGCUUUAAAAGUGUUACCGUGGUAGCAGCGAGCGCCGGCGGAGAGCUCUGGGUAACAGGAGCUAGAUGUGUGAGCUGACACAGCGGCACAUUUGGUCAUCCUUGGUUUUCUUUUCAUGGUGCUACCACGACCAAUAUUAUUCAUGACUGUGGUCGUCUCGUAGACAUAAUUUGCUGCUUUCCGCUCUACUUUUAUCCCCCGUUGUCCCUUUGCUGUCCCUCACUCUGCACCGUUGUUUGAGAGAGGGUGGGACAAAGAGGCUGAUCCUCUGGCUUCCUGACAGAGCACGAAGGAAUUAACUGUAAUAACACUACAGGUUUACAUUUUUAUGGACUCAUGGUAAAACAAAGCAGGCAUGUAAAAUGCUU